CUGACUGAUUGACUGGCCGACGGACGGAAUGAUUGAUUGAUUGAUUGAUUGAUGAUGGUGGUGGCCAUGAUGCUGCUGCUGCUGAUGAUGAUCCAAGUCAGAGUCAGCACAGUGUGCACUGCAUACAUCCAGGUGAUUGCUUGCUUGCUUGCUUGCUUGCUUGGGAGAAAUCACACCCAUCCAUCCAUCCAUCCAUCCACCCGCCGUCGUCGGUACAGUCAAUCAAUCAACAGUCAAUCCCCCCCAUGCACUCACCCAACUACCCUAUCCAAUGCGCGUCUUACGGCCGGCUGGUCAUUCACCUGCAUCGUCGUUGUUCUCUCCCUUGCCGAGUCGCCCCCCUCUCUUACCCUCACCACCAAUCCAUCUCUGUCAUGGCUUUGAUGGCUGCCGGAUGAUGCUUGAUUGGUUGAUUGGUUGGCUGGUUGGCUGGUUGGGCGCAAAGAAAAAAACAACAUGUCAUGGCAAAUUUCCUUGAUUACUUACUCACCAUUGCUAUUAAACGAACCACCACACCACUCCACUCCACUCUAUACUCGACUUGCCCGCUAAUAAGCAGGCCUGCCUCGUGCUGGCGACUGCACUCGCUGCCCAUGCCGCCGUCCGAAGAAGCUAACGCCAUGAACCCAUGACCGCAGUCAAUCAAUCGAUAACUUCCUUUAUUACCAUCAUUAUUUUAUUUUUACAUUCCUCUUUUAUUUCCCUGAGGCGUGGGAAGAAAAAAAAAGGGGAUCCCACCACCCGGCCGCCAGUGUGGUCCAUCCACCACCCCCCAAGGCCGGCCGCGUCGCGCGCCGCGUUCCUUACUUACUCUCACUCAUUCAUUCACUAACUCUCGGAUUCUCUUCUAAGCACGCAUCCCCUUUCUCCCCUCCAUCUCCGGUAGUUGGCUGGUGCUUUCAUCAUUGUUUUAUUUUGGCUGCCUGUCCCGUGGCAACCGGGGAAAGUGGUGUUGAGGGAAUGAAAUCAUCCCCCUUGUCCAUGUCCGAGACGAUUGAGGGACCCUUAUUUUUUUUUGCCAAUUCAAAUCACACCUUUGCUGCGUGCCAAUGAAACAUGUCCACACCUUCACAUGUACGAGGCGCGGGAGACAAGUCAUCCAUCCAUCCUUUCAUCUUCUUCAUCAUCGUCGUUGGCCGUGAUCCGAGACCGAAGCGUUGCGUUGCGUUGCGUUGCUUUGCUUUGCCCCCCCAAUGAUCAAUCCGCAGCCCGCUCCCGCAGGGGUGUGGAUAUAUCUACUAUGUAUAUAUGCGUUGGCUACUUACUUAGCCAACUAUGUAAUCAAAAUGUGGGUUGCUUUCCAUGUACACAUGUAUGUGCACACGGGUACAAAUGUACAUACAUACAUUGUACAUGUCCAGAUGCACAUACCUUGCAUCAAUUACACAUCCUUUCCCCUUUUUCCAUCAAUAUCCACCCACUGCACAUGACCGCGCCCCCCUCAUCAAUCAUGAGCAACCUCACUCCCUCGGACCGGAC